UCCCCCUCCCACCCCACUGCUACUCCCCAGUCUCUCUUUCUAUCAUAUUCAAAGAGCCCUCUCUCUUUCUCUCUGACUCUCUAUUUCUACCGCUCUUUAGCUAUUGUUCCAUCGCUGUUGCUCCUUCCUCCUCCGUCCCUGGCGCUGCCUAUUCCUCCCUCCCUCUCUCUUCAUCUGCCUUUCUCUCUCUCUGUUUGUCUGUCUGUCUGCCUGUUUCUUCAGCUAGGGUUUCCAGCUUCCUCGUCUGCUGUGCUGGAACCCGCAUCCCACCGCUUCCUCAACGCUUCCGUGCUUUUGACAGGGUCCAAUCGCUUGAAGGUGGAAGAGCAAGGUGGAUUUAAUAACUCUAGGAGCAGCACCGCGUCCACGUCAAGGGUUUUCAAAACGAACGGAGAUAUUUACUUUUAGUAGACAUGGUCCAUGAUUAGAGAUGAUAUAUUCGGAAGUUUCUUUCCCAUAAUUCAUAUUAAAAGCUUCAAGCUUUGACAAUAAAGUUGCCUUCUAUUUGGCUGUGGGAUAGAUUCACUCCAACUGGCACUUUCAGGGUGUUGGGGAUGCAGGAGAAUAGAAGUGGUCUAUAGGUAGAUGCAUCUGUUGGUGGAGGAGUAAGGGGAAUCCUCCGUAUCUAGGAGUAGCGUGAUAUUGGCAGGCAAGCCAUGAUUCCGUGUGGUUCACCUCUUGCAGCUCAGAUUGGUUUUCAGGUUGCUAAUCUGAGCAAAGACAAUUACAAAUCUGUGGUUAAGGAGCUCUACGAGUUGAUCAGUUAUGGGCCGGAUGGGAGUAUCAUUCUAUUACGAAGUUGUCUUGAGCAAGUCAAUUUGGCGGAGAAUGAUCAAAAUCUGCAAGUAAAACUCGAUCUGUUGGCAAUUGUCAUUCGGGAUUUGAUUCGCCAGCCCAAUCUUGGGACUGUAUUAUGCGAAGCUUUGCAAAACCUUCCAUCUGUUAGUGAAGAGUUUCUAGCUAAUCUUUGCAGAGCGCUGGAUCUAUCUUUAUCGGAGCAACUUGCUCUUGGGCUUGCCCUUGCAGACGCAGAAGAUAAUAGUCAACGUCAACAAGGUCAAGCAUUUUUGGAGACGAAGGUUACGGAGUGGUGCCAUACUCCAACGUCAGACCUUUCAGAAGAUCUGAUUGAAAGGAUUUUAUGGUGUUUGUAUUCAAGUGAAUCACUUCUGGAACUUCGAUCGUCUUUUUUGAAGUCCUUGCAUGCUUUGCAACCGUUUGCAGUCGAUUCCUUAACGCUGACUCCCUUUCUGAAGGAUGUCAAUAAGGAAGUGGACUGCUUAAGAGAUUAUGAUGUAGCCAAGAAAUCUGGAUCGUUGCUUUCAGAAACCUUAUUGAUGGAGUUGGAGCGUGCGACUGACGUGGUUAGCUUACUAGAGGAGCUCGGGUUCGACUGCACAUAUAGUGUUGAUCAUUGCAAAGAGAUUCUGUCACAGGGUGGUCCUCUUAUAGAAAGCGACAUUGCACGGAUAUUGGGUACAGUGGCUCGAACUGCGAAGGGUUUUGAAGAGGUUCAGAGCAUACAUGGGCCAUUCUACAACUUACUUUGCAGUGGGGAGCCGAUACCUUCAAAAUUGACCACUUGGCACGUGGAAAUUCUUUUGGGUGCCAUUAAUCAAUUGAACCCGAGUAUGGAUUGGAGUUUGAUAGUGUCGAGUCUGGACUACGAGGGAUUCUUCUUGUCCGACGAACACGCCUUCACUCUAUUUAUGACUAUGUACAAACUGGGUUGUGAGGAUCCUUUUCCUAUCGAUGCUGUUUGUGGCCGUGUGUGGAAGAAUUAUGAGGGUCAGUUAUCUUUCUUGAGACACGCAAUUUCAGCAACUCCAGAGGUUUUCACUUUUGCUCAUUCGACACGUAAACUGACGGAGACUCACGAGGGAAAAUUGAAAUCACCUAAUCAUGCCUGGCUUUCUCUAGAUCUGCUUGAAGCGCUUUGUCGCCUUGCAGAAGUGGAUCGUUCUGAUCAAGUCCACGAGAUUUUGGAAUUCCCCCGUAAUCACUGUCCAGAGCUUCUGGCUUUGGGACUUGUGCAGGUCAAUAUUGGUGUAUCCUUGAAGGGUUCCCAAGAAAGCUUUCGGGAGGAAAUGCUGUCACUGGUACUUAGACCAUUGUUUGCACAAAUUAACCUUACUACUGAGGGUGAGACUGUUGACCCUUUAUGGAGUAAGCUAUGGUCCCUGAACUCAGAUGCGCUGAAAAUGGAAAUGGUGAAUUACCUCUGCUCGGGGGAUCCCUCUGCAUAUGACCAGGUUACGCAGGUCUGCAGAGGCUUGAAGGUUUUACCUGCAGUAUUGGACAGUAUGCCUUCGAAAGUUGCACUCAAGCUUGCUGUGUUCGCUGCGAGAAAAGGUGUUUUGAACCUAGAGAAAUGGCUGGAGGAAGAAUUAACCAUCCACCGAGACUCUUUUGCUGCAGUUUGCUUAAGUUUCUUGCAGAAAAAGAACUCCAUGUUCGAUGAAAUGAAUGGAUCAAUUGAACAUUCCGGAAACCAGCUCUCGGAUAUUUCUGCUGCUAUAUUGAAGGUUCUGUACGCUGCCUCAGGUCUUUUAUCUUCAGGGGAUCUUGUGAAUAGGAUUGUCAGAGCCAGAGGAAGUGAGAAUUUGAAAUCGUUAGAUGCAGGCCUGGCUUCUAUUGAAGCAUCACCACAAGAAAAUGAUGUCGAUAAAGAGGCAAAUUCUUAUUUUGAACGUGUGUAUCGUGGAGAGGUUCCUGUUCAAACUGUCGUCAACAUGCUUCAGCAAUUCAAUCAAUCACCUCCCAACUCGCGUGAAAAGGCCAUAUUUUCUCGAAUGGUAUCUUGUCUAUUUGAUGAACUUCCUCAUUUAAAUCAGUUUCCAGAGAAAGCUUUGGCUGUUACAGCAGUUCUUUUUGGGUCCCUGAUCAAGCACCAGCUGGUUUCAACCAGUACACUUGAAAAAGCCUUGACAUGCAUUUUGGGGGCUCUUACGAAACCAGUUGGGACAAAGAUGUUCUCGUUUGCUAUACAGGCGUUAGAUUCGUUUCGCGAACGUCUGAAAGAGUGGCCGGAGUUUUGCUAUCAUAUUCUACAAGUACCUCACAUUCGUGAGGCUCAGAAUGAGCUUGUGGACUUCAUUAUGAAUAUAGUUAAAGCGAAUCAUGUAGCAGAUCCAAAUUCUGUGAAUGAUUCUAAUGAGCCGUCUGUGGUAGCACUUCCAUCAACUGUAAAUGCACCAAGGAGCGUUUUGCAGGACUCCCAGGAUGAAAUUUUCAACUCAGCGUUUGCUGCUGUUGAUCCAGCUGGUAACAGGUUCUCAAGUUCUCAGUUACGGUAUCUGUCUGGACAGGGUUUGGAGGCAUUACUUCAAUCACCCGCGGGAAACUUCCCUUCAGGGGCCGGGACACAGCCACAGAAUGGCACUCAGUCUGUUGCACAGUCGAAUUUGGAUUCAUUGUUAUCGUCACAGGCAGGAUUUCGGACAAGCUCUGAAUCACCAUUUCAAUCAAUAUCCCGGACAUCAUCGACAACUCUUUCACAACAUCCGCAAUCUCAGUACUCCUCAGUUGAAGAGACGCCUGAUGGUGCCAGGUCUGAUGCACAAGUGAUGCAGAAUGCAACUACUUCAAACUUACAAGCCAAUCGAGCCUCUGAAGUAGCGGUCUCACAACAGCAAUCAAGUACGGAGUCAACCAAUCUUUCUGCAGCAGCCCCUUAUUUCCCAUUCUCAGCAGCUCCAAAUGGUCAGACGAACCAAGCUUCCAUGCGAACAAGUGCUAGAUCUGCAAACGUCUCAGGUUCACUCCGUACAGCUAUUUCUGGAUUUGGACAUGCUCUCAAUAUAGAGACUCUUGUUGCUGCUGCUGGGAAACGAGACAAGCCUAUUGAGGCACCAAGUUCAGAGAUUCAGGAUAAAGUAGCAUUUAUAAUCAACAAUAUAUCUUGGACAAAUCUGGAAGCUAAAGCAAAGGAAUGUGCCGAAAUUCUGAAGGAAGAAUACCAUCCAUGGUUUGCCCAAUAUGUUGUAAUGAAAAGAGCAAGCAUUGAGCCAAAUAAUCAUGAUACGUACAUCAAAUUUUUAGACAAGAUAGGUUCCAAGGAGUUGCACAAAGAAGUUCUCAAGACAACUUACGAAAAUUGCAAGGUUUUACUGGCCUCAAACUUGAUCAAGACUCACUCGGAGGAGAGGUCCCUUCUGAAGAAUUUAGGAAGCUGGCUUGGAAAGUUGACCAUUCGGCGGAAUCAAUCGUUGCGAGCUCGCGAGCUUGACCCGAAGUCUCUUAUUAUCAGAGCAUAUCAAAAAGGGCUUAUGAUUGCAAUUAUUCCUUUUACAUCUAAGGUGCUGGAGCCCUGUAACCAGAGUCUGGCUUACCAGCCUCCAAAUCCGUGGACUAUGGCGAUACUCAGCUUACUCGUCGAGAUUUACAAUUUGCCUAACCUGAAGAUGAAUCUGAAGUUUGAUAUUGAGGUUCUUUUUAAGAAUCUAAAUGUGGAUAUGAAGGAAGUGAAGCCCUCCAAGCUUCUCGAGGGUCUGGAGCGUGAGGUGGAAGGGAACCCGGAUUUUUCUAAUAAAGAUCCAGUAUUUUCUCAAUCACCCUCCCCAGCUUUGUCUGCCAAUAAUUCUUCACAAUCGGUGACUGUUCCAUCAUUGCCUCAGCAGUUGGAUAUUCCUCCUGAACUUCCAAUCCCCACCCAGCCUGCCACAUCAUUGGCUUCGUCGGUAAUUUCACAGUUAAUCGAGGAAGAAAGACCGUCUCUUGCUUUGGAUCGCAGCCAGAAUGGCCAAGCUUCGUCCAUUUCAUCCCAGCCAUCUUUCUCGUCUAGUCAGGUUUCAAUGGCGAUUCCUGAUUUGACUUCUUAUGUGGUCUUAAAUCCGAAGUUUACUGGCCUUGGUCAACAGCUUCAGCUUGCGAGGAUUGUGCCUCUGGCCAUGGAGCGCGCCAUUAGGGAAAUCAUAUCUCCUGUGGUAGAUCGAAGUGUGACAAUUGCUUGCAUGACCACUAGAGAGCUUGUUGUUAAGGAUUACGCAAUGGAAGCAGAUGAAACUCGUACAAACCAGUCUGCCAAUUUGAUGGUAGCUAGUCUGGCAGGCAGUUUGGCUCAUGUCACUUGCAAGGAGCCUUUGCGAGUUUCCAUGGCAAACUAUUUGAGGACGUUUCUGCAGACAGCUCUCGCUCAAGAUGUGCUAGAGCAAGCUGUGAAUUUAGUUACAAAUGACAAUCUGGACUUGGGUUGUGCUGUGAUCGAGAAAGCUGCUACUGAGAAGGCACAACGAGAUUUAGAAGAAGUGAUUGCUCCUGUACUGGCAUUGCGAAGAACCGAUAGAUUACGCUUGGGUUCUGCCUAUUACGAUAAAUACACUUACGCAAAUCGAAAUCUUAGUAGCCUUCCUGAGGCUCUGCGUCCAAGACCAGGGCGGUUGUCUGCUGCACAAGCACGCGUGUACGAGGAUUUUGCACGCCUCCCCUGGCAAAAUCAGCCCAGUCAUACCCCUGUUACUAGCGCAAGUCCUCCGGGAAUCACUAGUCUUUCGGGUAGAGGCAUUUAUGCUGUUCCGAGUCGCGAAGCUGGUGCCAACUCUAUCGCCUCAUUCAAUGUGAAUCAGUCCUCAUCCGUACUUGGUGCAACCUCUCAAGUUUCAGAUCUGUCAUCUGAUGAGCUUGACAUCAGAGAACCAUCUCCAAUAAGUUUCAGUUCAACAGCAUCUGUUGGUGGAGCAGAUGGGCAAUCUAGACAUUCUUUGGAGACUCCUCUCCCCUUUCCCACAUAUUCCAGCGCAUCAACUCCUCCUCCAGAACUCACUGCGGUGGAGACACCAAAUACUUCGAAGGGUACGCUAGGAACCACACCGUCUUCGACGCCUCCUUUGCCAACCGAACAUAUUGGAUCUACAGUACAGGAGCCAUCUCUAACUACUGGAGAGGCCUUGGAGAAGUUCAGUUCAGUGGCACAAAAGUUGGAUCUUGCUCUCUCCAGGGCAUCUUCGUUUAGCCCUUCGCUCCCGCUUGAUGAUGAAGUUCGGGUCCCAGUAAAUGAGGUGCCUGAAAUUAUUCUGCAAUGUGUGAGUAGGGACGAGGCAGCCCUAGCAAUUGCCCAAAAGGUUUUCAAGCGACUUUACGAAAACACCACCAGUCAACUACAUGUUGUAGUUCACCUUAGCAUCCUGGAAUCCAUUCGAGAUGUGUGCAGGAGAGUGGUCAAGGAAUUGACUAGCUGGGUUGUGUAUUCCGAUGAGGAUCGCAAGUUCAAUCGGGAAAUUACUGUUGGUCUUAUCAGAUCCGAAUUAAUCAAUUUGACGGACUACAGCUUGCACUUGACAAAGUGGAUUGAUGGAGGCCGAAAUAAGGAUGCCGUUGAUUUUGCUGCAUACCUUGUGAAGACGUGUGUCAUAGAAGAAGCAGGUGUUACCAGCACAGAAUUUUACAACGUGAUUGACGCUCUUGGCAAGCUUGCAGCACGGCCAGGCUCUCCCGAGUCAUUGCAGCAGUUGGUGGAAAUUGCGAAGGGUACGCCAAGUGCAAACAAAGAUGAGAAAGGCCGGCUAUCCAAAGAGAAAAAGCUUCCAUCCAGUCGCAGUGCGGGACUCAGAGACGAUGGCAAGUCCGGUAUGCGCGAAACUGCGGAUCCCCCUGGACUUCGGGAACAAGCGACACAGUUUUUCCAAGAGUGGGCGCGUAUUUGCACAACUCCUGGAGGACCUAACGAGAAGGCUAAUUCGAUUUACAUAUCACAGCUGCAAAGCACUGGCAUGCUGAAGGGAGACGAUGUUACUGACCGCUUCUUCCGUAUUCUAAUAGAAUUGGCUGAGAGUCAUUGCUUGAACUCAGAGACUCCACAGCCUACGACUGCUGUAGGGGAAUCCAGGCAGCAGGGAGGGUCGACUAUGUCGUUUGCUGCCAUCGACAUGGUUGCAAAACUUGUUGUGCUGUUGGUGAAGUACUCAUCUGAACCAUCUCUGAACAAGGUCAACCUCCUUACGAAGGUCUUAAAUGUGACGGUUCGUGUGAUGAAAAGGGACCACGAUCGAAAAGCAGGAUUCCACCCCCGUCCAUACUUCCGUUUGUUUGUAACGUGGCUUUUGGAUUUUAAUUCGUCAGAUUCCACCUUGGAUUCUAGUAAUUUUCAGGUGCUGCAGGCCUUCGCGAAUGCGUUUCUCGCCUUGCAGCCGCUCGAGAUUCCAGGCUUCAGUUUCGCGUGGCUGGAGCUGAUCAGUCAUCGGACAUUUAUGCCAAAGUUAUUAUUGAGCAACUCGCAAAAAGGAUGGGCUCCUUUCCAGAAGUUAUUAGUUGCGCUCUUCAAAUUUAUGGAGCCUUAUCUUCGGAAAGCUGAUCUGAGUGAACCUGUUCGGGUGCUUUACAAGGGCACGUUGCGUGUUCUUCUUGUGCUACUCCACGACUUCCCGGAGUUUUUAUGUGAUCAUCACUUCAGCUUUUGUGACGUCAUUCCACCGUCUUGCAUUCAAAUGCGUAACUUGAUUCUAAGUGCCUUUCCUCGCAACAUGCGCCUUCCUGAUCCGUUUACUCCCAACCUUAAGGUUGACUUGUUGCCAGAAAUAUCUAUGUCUCCGCGUAUUCUCUCAGAUGUAGAAGGAGCUUUGAAAGCGAAGCAGCUCAAGAGCGAGGUUGAUGAUUUUAUCAAGAAUCGGAAUCAAGCAACACUCUUAUCUAUGGAUUUAAAGGGGCGAUUGACUUUGUCAACUCAGGAGGCUCAAGCUUCCGGCACACGCUACAACGUGCCUCUCCUUAACGCGCUGGUGCUUUACGUUGGAAUGCAGGCUGUUCAGCAACUUCAUAGCAAGACAUCGCAGCAGUUGGCAGCACUCACGGCUCCUAUUACUCACAGCGCUCCAAUGGACAUAUUUCAGCGACUCGUGAAUGAUCUCGACACAGAAGGAAGAUAUCUCUUUUUGAACGCUGUGGCAAAUCAACUGCGCUACCCCAACAAUCAUACAUAUUACUUCUCGUGUGUACUUCUGUUCCUCUUUGCGGAGGCUUCACUUGAAAUCAUUCAGGAACAGAUUACUCGUGUGUUGCUCGAGAGACUAAUUGUCAAUCGGCCACACCCUUGGGGUCUGCUUAUCACCUUUAUUGAGCUUAUCAAGAAUCCACGCUACAGCUUUUGGACACACGGCUUCACUCGAUGUGCUCCAGAAAUUGACAAGCUAUUUGAGUCAGUGGCCCGUUCAUGCAUGAAUUCUACUUUGAAGCCCAGUGAUGACGAUCUGCCCGGAAACCUUCCAGCUGACGGUUUGAAAGGAUGAUCGCAUUUAAGUUAUUGGUUCCCACUUCAACAGAUAUGUACAUACAUUGACUGAGGAGCUGGGUAGCCUAGUCGAGACUUAGGGGAUGGUUAUAAGUCCCUUAAAGCCAAGGAGUACAAACCUGACACAAGGAUAAAUAAGUAGGUACUUGAGGUGUACGAAAGGUGGUGAGCUGGACAGCAAAGGAAAUGAGAAGCUUAGGCUUAUAUAGGGUGCCAAUACCUUCCAUCCUAGCAGACAGGACUAGGUCUUCAGUUGUAGGCGUAUUGUUGAUUGUUUCCCUUAUAGCGUAGAAGUUUUGUUGAAGAGCAUUAUGGCCAAAUGGCCAUUAGGCCAACUGUACAUUGUUGUGAAUUUUGAGGUUAUUAACAUUUUUAUUAAAUUUUUGCA